AUAUAACUUAUUUGCAUCACAUCACUGCGCAUGACCUUGCCACGCGGAACGUCGACUCUCGCACUGGUCUGGGAAGUCGCCCAAAGGCCAUCAUGACAUUCAACUUAUAUGCAAGUUAAAGACAUAGCUGACUGGGAAUGGAGAACGAAGGAGACUGCGGGGCAAGUUGUGCAAACUUGCUCCGCACGAAGUACCGCUCGAGCCAGAGCGUGCUGAAGGAAUAUGGGCACUGGGACAAGCCCAGCGAAAUUGAUGCACGGGAGAAGUUUGUGGCGUCGCACACGCACCACAACAUCUUUGACUUCAACGCGCCGCUCAAAGACCUCAAGGAGUUCGGCGAGGGCGUGCUGCUCUACUUCUACCUGCUCAAGUACACCGCCUAUGUGUUUGCGGUGCUGGCCGUGUUCCCCGCGCUGCCGCUCAUGGUCUUCAACGGCAUGGGCGGCUGGUACAUCAAGGCUGACGUGGAGCGAACCACGCUCGGCAACUUCGGACUGCUGUCCUUCGACGGAUCCAGCUCCGAGCUGGCGGCGGCCGCCAACACCACCUUCGGGCACAGCGGCAAAUCCGCCACCACGGAGGGCGCCGUGACGGCUUUGUUCAUGUCCACCUUCAACAUCACCUCGGUCAAGAUGGCGGGCAUGGACAAGCGGCAGCUGCUGGUGGCCAUGAGCGUCAUGGACUUGUUGGGCGUGCUCAUCUUCUUCGCCUACUGCUGCUACAUGUUUUGGUUCGUGCGCGCCACCGCCAACGCCGCCGACCGCAACACCACCACCAUCAAGGACUAUUCGGUGCGGGUGAACGCACUGCCGCCUGACACACACAGCGUCGCGCUGAGGGACUACCUGCAGGCCAAGGCGGGAGAGGGCGCCGAGGUGGUCCAGGUGGAGCUGUGCCGCAAGGUGCACGCGCUGCUGGCGCUGGUGAUAGAGCGGGAGGAGGCGUUGGAUGCGGGGGACCUCGCGCUGGCGGUGCUGCAGCGCAGUGCCGAGUGCUACCCCAAGGUGCCCAUAGACCUGGAGGUGGAUGUGCUGGACGCCAAGUUCCGGCGGGCGGACCUGGAGGACCUCAUCCGCCAGGAGCAGGCAGCGGCAGACAAAAACCAGGUGGUGACUGCCUUCGUGACCUUCUCCACCGCCGAGUCGCGCUACCGGGCCAUGGAGGCGCUGCCCCGCAGCCUCAUGCGGCAGUGGCGCAUGCCGCCCGCAGACAAGUUCGACAACGGCGGCCGCGGCAGUGCUGGCCGCAAGCCGGUGGCGCUGGAUGUGGUGCCAGCCCCGGAGCCGUCCGACAUUCAGUACGAGAACCUGGAGUUCACAAAAGGGCAGCGGGCGGCGCGACUGGUGGCCACACACAUUGCCAAGUACGUGGUGUUGCUGAUCGGCUUCCUGGUUGUGAGCCUGGCGCCCGCGCUGCGCAUGGGGCUCAACGCCAGCGGCGCCGACACCACACUGGCGCAGUGCGCCGCGUCCUGCACCUACACGGACACGGCCGGCAACUACGUGCUGAGUGACGCCAACCGGGCUCUUUACAAGGGCUGUGACUCUGUGUCCGGCACCGGCACCCUGGCUAACAAGCUAGAUUGCGAGGAGCAGACGAUCUGCUACGAGUGCUUCUGCCGCGCCGCGCUGACCAGCGGACAGUACGGCGAGCUGGUGUACUGCUCGCGCUUCAGCGGCGUUGUGGCCCUGUCCACCGGCGCACAGGCGCUGGCGGUGCUGGGCAUUGUGCUCGCGAACACGCUCAUCCAGUACGCCAUCGGCUGGCUGACUCACCUGGAGAAGCACCACACGCGCAGCAAAGAGGCGGUCAGCAAGGCGCGCGGGCUGUUCAUCACACAGUUCAUAAACACCGCCUUCAGCAACCUUGUUGCCAACUGGUACCUGCCGGGUCCCGCGGCCGCCCUGCCCAAGUGGUUGGACGGGUACAUCUUCGGCGGCGCCUACGCCGACACCACACCUGCCUGGUACACCGAUGUGGGCAGACCCAUUGUCAUCUCCGUGUUCCUCAACACAGUCAUCACACACGCCAAGAUCGGGUUCUGGUGGUGGUGGCGGCGCUACAAGCUGUCCUCUCGCUUCCGCUGCCUUACUCAGGAGCAGCUGGAUCGGUCGUUUGAGGGUCACGACUUCGAGCUGGCAAUCAAAUUUGGUCAGCACCUGUACCUGAUCUUCGUGGUGAUGACGUACAGCAGCUCGAUGCCGCUGCUGUACGUGCUGGCGGCGGUGCACUUCGCCACCUGCUACCUCAGCGAGAAGUACGAGCUGCUCAAGAUAUGCAAGCGGCCGCUGACCUACAGCCGCGACCUGGCCGUGUACGCGGCCGGCACCCUGCCCUUCGCCUGUCUGUGGCACCUGGCGCUGGCGCUGUGGUUCUACUCGCUGUUCGGCUGCGCCAAGAGCCCCCUGGUGGCGGGCGCCUUCAAGAGCAGCCUGCAGAACACCCUGGAGGGACUGCAGGGCCUCAUGUCCAGUGCCAGUGAACUCACGCCCGCCGGCGUGGCGGCCCGUCUGACGCAGUCCUCCUCCGCCCACCUGUUCCUGGGCUUCCUGGCUCUGGCCGCCGCGCUGUUCGUGUUCUUCACACUCUCCAAUUGGCUGGCGCUGAUGCGCUGGCUGGCCUCGCUGCUGGGCUGCAUCAAGGACAGCGGCGCGGCGGGCGAGGCCGAGUUCAGCAACACGCCAGAGUUCGCGGUGGCGGUGCGCAGCCAGCUGCUGGUGGGGCCUGCCACCUACUCCAUACACGCCAACCCGGCCUACACACACGCCUUCGAGCGCAUGGAGCAGCUGCACUGGGAGGAGCAGGAGCUGGAGGCCAAAGCCGCGGCCAUCCCCGAGGCCUACGGAGACCCCGCCGCCGCCGCCGCCUCGCCCGGACCCGCCGCCGCACUGGUCCGUGCCUUCAGCCGCCGCUCACGACAGCGCCGCACCGCCGCCGGCCGCCUGCGCGCGCGGCAGCAGGCGACGGCGGCCGCCGCCUCCGGCUGGGCUGCGGACGGGGGCGCCGGGUACGGCGGCGGCGGCGGCGGCGCCAUCGCUGGCAACCAGGUGGCGCCGGCUCCGGGGCCGGGGCCAGGGGCAAUGAUGCCGGCAGGGUUCGUGGCGCCGGUGGUGUUCAGCAUCCCGGGCCAGGGGCAAGGCGUGGUCCCGACGCAGCCUGCGGCGGCGCGUGGCGGUGGAGGCAUGCCGCGCCAGGACCCAAACCUGGUGCUUUCAUUCAACUAGGUGGCACUGUGACGUGUAGGGUGUGGGGUGCGCGAGGGCCGUGCACGCGCCGUGCGGAGCCGAUUCGUGGCGCCAGCGGCGUGGUGCACGGUCGCUUGUGUGCGCCGCGCCUAAUGCAGGGCACGCAAGCGACCGGCGCGUGCGGGUCACGGGGCUGCGGGGUGUGGGGCCCGGGAGGACGCCCGCGACCUUCAGCACAUAGCAGCACGCACGCACGCCCACAGACGCAGGCACACACACAUACAUACUCAUGCGCGCGCACGUCGAUCAUGGUACUGGGGAUUGUAUAAACGCGGGGGCAGCGUGUAAUGGCGUGCCCCGACACUCUUGCUCCGUGACGGAACUGGGCGCGCGGAGGUUGUUACACUGGUGUGGAUUGCUGGGCUUUUGUGAGCUUGACGCAUUUCGGAAUUCAUCUUCGUAUUGGGGCUUGAGUUGCAGUGAGCGCUUGAUACACCGUACAUCUGUGCCGAGUGGCGGCCGGUGGCAGGCUGGCUUGAGGCAGUACUAUCAUGCGUGCGUGCACGUUCGGGUUGUGUCACGAGACUCACGACCAUUUGCCGGUUUCAGCUCGUUGAUCUAGCGAGCAAGGGAGCCGCGUAACACACCUGCUGCGGGCGGGCAGCUCUGUCCUCGCGCCGUCUAAAGCGCUGUCCAAGAGAUGCAGUGUGAGAAGCGAAGCCUGGGCCUGGAUCGUGGAGUGACGUUGCUACCGUAUGCGCUCGACAGCGCCUAGACUUGGUUUGCCCUCCGAUGACGCCCACCGAACUACAGAGAGAGAGAAUGCUUCCCGGAUUCCAGUGAAAGGCCACUCUACCAGAGUUCGUUACAGCAUAUAUUCUGUUCUGUCUUGGUUCGAUACGAGAACGGGAGCCUUUGUAGGCCGGGCAACAGCCUCAUCGCACGGCAUGACACGAUCCAACCGUGACACCAUCCCCUCAACCCGGUUGAAUGGGCCGGGGCUGAAUCCUGCUCUGCCGGUGAAAUGCACUGCCCGCAGAAUGGCACGACAGUUGGAGGGGCCCCUCGUUUAAGGAAGGCCUGGUAACGUGCUGCGUGCAGCAUGGGAGCCUGAUGGGGAAGCCGACAGGCGUGUUGCAACGCAGCAACCGCAGUCUGCCGUGGUGAGGAGGAACGCAGAGCUGCUGCGCUGAAGUGCGGAGGGGAGCGAUUAGUGCUGAACUGU